AUGUCUUCAUUGUGUGGAAUACCAGAACCAAUUCAAUACUUGUUUUCGCAUAGAAUUGUUGAUUGUGCAGCUGGUGAAGGACAUUCGGCUGCUGUGAGUGAGGAUGGAAGAUUAUUCACUUGGGGUUUGGAGAAUAGACAUAAACCUGUCAUGGUGAGAAAUUCAUUGAUUGAUUCAGAGGUUUGUGCCAGUGUGAAUUGUGGAACUCACCAUGGAUUUGUAUUGACUGAGAGUGGAAAAUUGUUUGGCUAUGGUAAAAAUAGUGAUGGCCAAGUGACUAAGGACGGUAGUGCUCAUAUUAGUGAGGAAAAAAUUGUUGAAGUGAAACAUCCAUAUGCUGAGAGUGGUUCUCGUUGGGUUCAAGUGAGUUGUGGAAUGAGACAUACAAUGGCUUUGGAUAAUUUGGGUAAUAUUUAUGUUUGGGGAAGAAUUAAAACAGCAAAAACUGAAAAGAAUGAUCAUCUCAGUGAUGCAAACAGUGAAAUUAUGAACCCCACAAUGGUGAGCAUUCCAAUUUCAAAAGGAAAUAUCAAAAAGAUUGCCUCAUCAUACAGUUCAUUUAUUGUCUUGACCAAUGAUGGAAAUGUCUACUCUUGGGGACACAAUUUGCACUUUAAUUUGGGGCAUGGUCACGGUAAAUAUGUUAAUGAUCCAACUCCAGUCGGUUCCAUUGCUGAAACUUAUAUUGGUGAUGUUUUUGUUGGUGGUUACAAUAUGUUUUUAGUGACUGGUAUGAGUUUCACAGCAAGUUAUACCAAACUUUUGAAAGAAACUCAAUACUAUGCUGAUUGUAUUCUCAAAUCAAAGAAUGGACAUGAAGCUGUUUGCCAUGCUGCCAUUCUUAGUGCCCGUAGUCCUUUAUUUACAAGUUUAUUGAUUAAGGAAUAUUUGGAAUCGAAUAAUAAUCAAUCAUCAAAAUUCAAGGUCACAGAUACAUCACACAUUGAAAGAGUAAUUACCCUGGAUUUUGUUGAAAGUCAAGAAGAAUUGGAUGAACUAUUGAAUUUCAUUUAUACCAAUGCAACUGGUCGUUCAGCAAAGAAUGAACGAAUGCUUCUCAUCAUUAAUGAACAUAUUAACAAUACACAAGCAGCUACCAAAAUUUUGACAGAAUUGUUAAAAAAAGAGGAUAUAUCUGAUGAGAAUAAGAAGGAUCUAGCUACAAUGAUUGAGGUGGUUUCCAAAGAAAUGAUCCAUGAAAAAGUCAAGGGAUCAAGCAGUCUUCUUGGAGAGCUGAGUGAUUAUACCAGAGAUUUUGAAAAUUUGUACAAAUUGGCAAUGAGAGAAAGUUCAGGACUUAAUGACCCAGCAGCUGAUACCAUCUUCUCCUUCCUCUCAGACGUGAGUUUUUCAUUGGAUGAUGGAACAUUUAUCAGAUCACAUCGUUGUAUUUUAUGUGCCAGAUUGGAAUAUUUCAGAGCCAUGUUCUCCAUUGGUCAAUUCAGUGAAAGUUUCCAAAAGGUUAUUCACCUCGACAGCACCACCAGAGAUUCAUUCGAAAUUCUAUUGAAACACAUUUACACAGGUGGAAAUAUCAAUGAUAAUGAGUUGACUGCUGAGCAAAGUGUACCUCUCCUUGAACUGGCUACCAGAUUUAACAUUGAUACACUCAAACUUGCAGCAGAGAGAAAGAUUGUCCUCUAUCUUCAACCUUCCAACGUUUUACAAAUGUGUCAAGUUGCUGAAAUGUGUCAAGCUGAAAUUGUCAAAAAAUGUUGUAUCCAUCUCAUUGCCAGAAACUUUACAAAUUACACACAAGAGCAAUUGGAAGCUGAAUUAGAUCAAAACUUGAUCGAAACCAUCACCAUAGUCCAUGAAGAAUUCACUCUUGCCAGAUCCAAACAACAAGACAAUGAACAGAAAGUAUUCCAAUACAUGAAAGAACAAAAGGAUGCUUAUGAUAGCUUACUGGAAGAUGGUGAAAGACAACAUUUGGUUGAUGAGUAUGAUGAGGAUGAUGUACAAGUGAUAAAAUCCAUUCUUGGCGGAUCACACAAUCCAAAUGCACCUGUACAUGCCAAUGUCAAUAGACAUCACCAGAAACCUUCAUCUUCUGGAAACAAGAGUUUAGGAAUGAACAACAACAACUCGACAAUAACCAGCAGUUGGUUCAAAGAAUCCUCUCAGUACCAUUCUAUCGUGAACUUUUUUCCUCCAUUUAUCGUGAUACUUCUGAACAACAUGAUUCACAUCAUUCGAUCUCAUCAUCAUCAUUAUCCAAUUCAUCAUCUCAACCAUGAUGAGGAAGAUAUUCAAUCCGUAAAAAAUCAAAACUUUGGGAAAUGUUAUAAUAUUCAUGGCAAUACUCUUGAUAAUAGCUUGGAAUUGUUAUUGAAGAAAAAUAGUAAUAAUAAUUACGAUGAUAAGAAUUAUAAUUAUAAGAAUAAUGGCGAUGAGGAUGAUGUUUGUUUUGAACGGACGGAAAUAAAGAAUGAUAAUAAUGGUGUUGAUGAUGAUGGUGUGGAGGAAGGUAGAAUUGUGGAUAAAGUAAUAACAAGUCGAGAAAAUUGUGAUGAUGAAGCGUUUCACAGUAAGCUGCUUCCAAAGCUUGUGAAGACGGAACAACUUGGCUUGCUGGCACAAACGUGCUUUGGAAAGGAGAAAGUACUAAGACUGCUUUUGCUCAUGAUUAUUUCUCUUCCGAUAGUAAUUAGUGUCUUUCAAUUAUUGCCAUCAUCACCAUCAUCAUUGGAAUUAUUGAAUGAAUUUCGGAGGAAUAAUUUAGUGGAAAAGUUUUGGAAUUUAACAAAGGGUGAUGCACUCACUUAUGGGAAUAAUGGAACAACACUAUCAAUUAAUACAAUAUCGGAGAAAUUUACCCAUUGUCGAGUGUUGCCACUUGAUGGUGAUAAGAAGGGACGAGCUAUUUUACAAUGGAAAUUCAUAUCCAAUCAUACCUUUCAGAAUUAUUAUCCCCUCUUCAAUGAUACGCAGAGUUCAAGGUUUCAGAAUCCAAAUGUGAAUCCUGUAGUUAGAAUGAGAAUCAUUAUUGGAGAGGCAAAUUUGUCUAUUAGUGCAGGAAAUUUCAAGCUUUUUGGAUUUUCUAAAGGUAUUACAGCUGAUGCAGGGUUUGAUAAGAUAUAUAAUAACUUGCAGACAUCGAAACCAGACGAAAAGGGGGUUCAGUAUCGAUACUUUUUCGAUAAGAAUAUUAAGGAUAAUAGAAAGAUUAAGGUUUUGGAUUUUAUGAAUCAACCACAAGCAACUUUUCAUGCUGUUUAUGGAGAUGGAUUUCCUUCUUUUUAUGUGGGCUAUGAUAACAGUUCAAACCCCUAUCUGAGAAAAUAUACAGGAACAAUUACGACAGUGAAAAAUUAUGAUCAUUAUCCAACUUGUAAUGAUGAUGUUAAUAUGGCUCUUUCUCCAACUGCAGUUGGUGAAAGAGUGAAUUUGAAUGGUACCUAUAGUGAAUAUUCCAAGUUUUGUGUCUAUCAAAUACACGACGUAACGCCCUAUACAGGAGGAACAUAUAUUUACUUUGAAAAGAGACUGAAUUCAAUUGUCAGACCAAAGAAUUUACCCAACACUCGUACAUUCUCUGAGGAUAAUAACAACACAACAGAUCACAAAUAUUUUAUUUAUUUCAUGCCAAUAGUUAACGCAGGAUACAAAAAUACUACCAUGCAAGGUCAGCAAGAUUUUCUCAAUUCCUAUAUGAAUAAGGACUCUCUUCAAUCCUAUUAUUUAGCUCAUGAAGUAGAUUUUUCUGUUGAUUAUUAUGAUGAAGAUUGUGAUUACUACGUUCAAAUCUAUCAAACAUCAAUGUUUCAAAUUUACUAUUACAUAAGAGCAGUAAGACAUACCAUUGUUGGAAUUUUUUCAUUACUUGUAGUAGGAUUUCUCUUCAUUUACAGACAAAAGCAACCUGUCAAAAGUAGACUUCACACAGCCAUGAUCAGUGCUGUCAUUAGUGUAAUUUUCAAUGCGUUGGGAGUUAUCAGCGAUAUCUAUUCAGUAUUUAAUUAUGAUGCUAUUGAAUAUUCAUAUUAUUUAACACUUGCUAUGCUCUAUUUGGUAUCGUUGAUAAGAUACACAUUUGUUCGUAAUUUAUAUAGAGUUAUUAGAAUUGUAGACAAGAUGGAAGAUACAGUAAUAUCAGUUGGAGAAUUUAACGACGAAGGACUCGUAUCAAACUACAAGAGGAAAACUAUGCAAAUGAGGUUUUUAUCCAAGUUGGCAUCUAAGAGAAUUUACCUGUCGGCUAUUAUCAGUCUAAUCAUUAUUGUAAAUUUACCAACACCAUUCUUUUUAUGGAUACUCAAUUCUAGUUCUGGAGAUACAUUCUCAGUGGUUGUCUCUAUUAUAGGCUAUGUGAAACUGGCAGCAUUGAUUGUUGGAUUUGUACUUCCAGGAUUUAUUGCAUUGUCUUUUGAUUUGUUUAUUAACAGGAAAUGGUUAUUCUAUGACUUUUGUAAGAGAAUUUUCAAUUUUGGUGAUAGUAAUAUUUCCACAUACAUGAGUAAGGUCCUAUCGAAAACAAGGAAAAUGGAAGAGCUUUCUUGUGGAUUUCAAACGUACUUUAGUGAUUAUGAUGACCCUCUAUGUUACAGAUCAGAAUUCCUAAUAGUUACUUCCUUGAGUUUAUUAAUUGGAAUUUCAACUUUUGUAGUGGGUAUGAUAGAUAUACCAAAUUGGAGAACAAGUUUGAAAUUGACUAUAUUGGGUACACAUGGUACCUUGUAUUUCCUUUUUGAUUAUUGCUACGUAUUAUUGACGAGUGGAUUUGUUGUGUUUAUGCAGCUUAUCGUGGAGAGAAGAAAAUGGAAGACCAGAACUUCUGUGCAAGAUAAAAAAGCAACAAUUACUGGAAAGAAUCCAAUAACUGUCUUGUUAAUUAAGACAAUUGGUGAUAGAACUGGAGAGGGAAGAGAGUUAAUUUAUAAGAGAUGUUGUAAAGUUUUGGAAUUACUCAAAGAUCAGAAAUACAAGACAGAUCCACAAACUAUGAAUAAGAAAGUUUGUGAUAUAUACAAUUCAUUUGUCAAGACAAGUUCUAGUUUGGAAGUUGCAAUACCUUAUGAGCUAAAGACUAAGAUUUCUGCAUUUAUGGAAUCCUAUAUUGGAGAUGAAUAUUCAGUCUCCACAGAUUCCUCUACAUUUAAUCACAAUAAGAAAUUUUAUGCCAUCUUCAAAACUGAGCAGCAACAACCACCAGUUGUGGGACCAAAUGUUAGUGGAGUGGAUAAUAGGAGCAUUGAAUUAAUCAAUUAUCAAACGGCUGCUUUCUUGUCUGAUUUAAUUGAUCAAUUGAAAGAAUCAACCCUUUCAAGUUUACAAGAUACAUUCUCUCGUCUCAUGGCUACAAAGGCAUAUAUGGCCUAUUUCAAAAAGAAGGAAAUGGAAGCACAAACCAUGAAGGAAGUUGGAUUCACCAGGGAGGAUACUAUUGAAAUCGAUACGAAUGCUCUUGCCUUCAUUGAAUCACAACACCAACAGCAACAACCCAGCCAAAUCACAACCAUCGACAUGGGUGGUACUCAAAUUGUUGCUUCCAUCAAUGCCGCCCAACAAGAACAAGUAAGCAAAAGGUAUUUACAGGCCUAUGAUAACAAUGAUGAGAUAGCCAUCUCUGAAGAGAGUUCUGAAACAGAAGACGAAGAAAUAAUUGAAGAGGUAGAUACACGUCAUUCCCUAGAUAAAAUAGAUGACUAACAGCAAUUCAAAAAAUAUUAACAGAAACAUUUCAAUUAAAAAACAUGCUACCUAG